CGACCGUAUUACAUUGUAGUGAUCUCUAAUUACAACGCAAUUAAUGAGUUUUCUUUAACAACAAGUACCUUUGACAUGUCUUUAGCUGUGUGGCUAGUGAUAUUCAUUGACAAGGGACAUAGUUUCGAUUAUUGUCACAAUCCACCAGGUAAUAUAUUUAAUUUAAGAUUCAACACCGAAAUGGUGGUACGUUGUGAUACAGAAAAUAUUUUACGAGAAUGGUAUUCGGUCGAUACGAAUCUAAUCAAGAUCAAUAAUAUAGCAACGUGGAGCUUAGAGAAAGGAAUCAUUAAAUUAGUUCCAGAUUUUCUUUACGAAAGAAGAUAUAAUUUACAGGGUUUAGUUAUGAGAGCUGUUGCACUGAAGGAUACAGCUUUCGUAAGAGUAAAGGAGGAUGGAGAUUUAGAUGGUUUAUUCGGUAAAAUAUUAAAAGAACUUUCUGUUACCCUUAAUUUUAGUUUGGAUAUUGUCUCGAAAAUGGAAGAACAUGGAAGAUGGAAUGCAAGAAAAAAGGCAUGGUCUGGAGCAAUUGCAGAAUUACAUGGUGGACGUGCUGACAUUGCUCUUGCAGAAUUUUCCAUUACCCAUGAGAGAUUAAAUUCCGUUGACUUCACAAUUCCUAUUUUCACUUCCAAAAAUUGUCUCUUCAUUCGGAAACCAGAAAGACAUGCGAUUAAAUGGACAUCUUACUUUUCAACUUUCACUAAUUUGGUUUGGAUUACUACGUUUGGAUUGUUAAUUGCUGCAUCGAUCUUAUUGAUUUUUAUCAAGAUAAAAAGUGGGAAUAUACAUAAUAUAGGAUAUUUAUUAUCUGAUAAUUUUCUAGAUAUUUGGGGCAUAUUUUGUCAACAGGGAAUAGAAGAUUUUUCUAAUAGUUUUUCGUUAAGAAUAAUAUACUUCUCUGUAUUUCUUUUGAUUAUCGUCUUUUGGGCCGCCUAUUCAGCGGCUUUGAUACGCUCUUUAACAACCGUUAUGCACAUCAUACCCUUUGAUUCAUUAGAGAGCUUUCUUCAAGAUGGUACAUAUCAACUUGUCGUCUUACGUGGUACAUCUUAUUAUGGUAAAUUUGCAAAUUCAAAUAAUCCGAUUGCAAAGAAAUUAAUGAAGUUGAUGCUAGAAGAGAAAAAAUUACCCUUAACUGCUCUUGAGGGAUUUAGUAUGAUUUGUAAAAAUUCAAAAUUAGCUUUUUACACGUUUGACGAUAUACAAAAGAGUAUAAGUAAUAUAAUACCAUGUAAUCUGGUAUGUGUUGAAACAGGAGAUAUGAACAGUGUUGCUAUAAUUUUAUCUAAACACAAUUCAUUCACCGACGUCAUUAAUUUUCAGUUGCUGAGAUUUCUCCACAAUGGUAUGAUUAAUCGUUUAAAAGAAACGAUAUUUACAAGGAAAAUCGAUGACAUGAUCAAGUACCAACCGGUUCUCCUAACUGACGUAAUAUCACUUAUUCUUUUUAUGUUAAUUGGUAUCAUUUUGAGUAUUUGUAUAUUAAUCAUAGAAAAAUGUAUUUUCAUGUGUAAAAGGAAGAAUAUGUCGAUUUUAAAUCGUAUCCUGUCAAUUAAGUUGUCAGAAUUUUAUGUAAGGAGGAAAAAAGUUAUUAGAAAUAUUGCAAAUAAUUAUGUAAAUAGUAAAUGUGCUUACAUAAAAUAUCAACGAUAAUAAUAAUAUAUGUGCUCAAUGAAUUUUUAUAUUCAGAUUAAAAUUUUCUAAUGAAUUAGAAACUUAUAUUUGGAUAGCCAAAUCAUUGUUGUAAAAUUUACUAAAAAUUACGCUGAAAAUUAUGUUGAUUUGACGUUUCUUCUGGAUCCAAUCAUUAUUUACUAAUUCUUAUUAAAUUUCAAUACAUAUCGUAGAUGAUAAUAUGUGGUUUCCUACUGCUUUUUCAUGCAUUUUCAAUUUUAUAUCUAUUUGUUAAUGUAAACAUUAUGUAAAAUUUUUUUUUGCAAGAGAACGUUGAGUUCCCACUAAUGAUUCCUUUGAAAUUCUUUAUCCUCAUGACGAAUAGAGUAUGUUGCACAUGAAUAUUUAACUUUGAAUUUCAAGGUAAAAGUCAGUUUCUCCUCAGUUUUUUUUAAUAAAUCUCUAUCGAAUCUUACAUGUAAAAUCACAUUAAAAUAGUCUUGAAAUUUAAUUUACUUCGACUUUGUACAGCGAAACGUUUAUUUUUUUGUUUCUUCUUUGGUCAUUUUUUUUCAAUUAAUAAUAUAUAAUAUAAUAAUAAAUAAUAAUAUAAUAACUGACUGAAUAGGUUGAUGGUGAAGCAAUUUUAAUCAAUAAAUGUACAGAGCAUCCUAACCCGAUCGUCCAUACAUUAAUGUAACAGCUAUUAUGACUUAUUUAUCGUAAAUUUCAUGUCUGUCUCAUGAAUAAUUAAUGUUUGUCGACAUAAGUAUUAUUAAAAAUGUCGUCACGCUACGCUUUUAUGUUUAGUAUGUUCAUUGUCUGUAAAUAAAACAGU